AUGGCAGUCGUGCGGGCAGAGUGCUUGGCCCGGAUCACUAGGAGUAAGAGCGGGGUAGCCGGAGGAGAGCAGGGUGAAGGUGCUGGGGAAAAUCAAAUACCGUUAGAGGGAGAAAAUAGUAGUGCUCGAGCGGAAGGGAGAAAGGAGAAGGGGAAUAAGGAGGACAGUCAGUUGCUGGUUAAAGUAGAAGAAUCGACCACCCUGGUGCCGUUUGUACGGGAGAUCAUGGAGGUACACAUCUCAGAGCAGUUCGUACCCCUUCAAUUCAAGAUGUACGAUGGGACGUCCGAUCCGACCGCCCACGUCAAGUCAUUCAUCAAUGCCAUGACCUUCCGUACCGGUUGUGACGCCAUUUGGUGUCGGGCAUUCUCCUUAUCUCUAGAAGGAGAGGCCUUAGAAUGGUUCCACUCAUUACCGGUUAACUCCAUUGAAAACUUCAAGAGUUUGGGAGAAAUGUUCAAGAAACAAUUUGCUGCGUGCAAUUCGGAGGACGUGACGGUGGUGGAUUUGAUGAAUCUUAGGCAAGGAAAGGAGGAACCGUUGAAAGCCUUUAUGGAUAGGUACCAGAAAAUGGUACGGAGAGUUAAGGCGCUCGGCCUGGAACUCGCCCUUCAAUACGUUAUGCCUGCACUCAGGCCGGGACCGUUCAAGGACAGUAUCUGCCGGAACCCACCUCGAACGAUGGAGGAACUCAGGCAGGGGGCGGCCGAUGAAACAAGGGUGGAAAACAUGAAACAGCAAUACCAGAAAGAAGUACAGGAGGCUAGGGCGGAUAAAACUGACGGAAAGAGGACAGACGGUCAAACAAAUCGGCAGAGCGGGCAGAAAGGCAGAGAAGGACCGAGGGGCCCACGUUUCCAACAGUACACCUCUCUCAAUACCCCCAGGGCCCGGAUACUGCAAGAAGCAUUGAGCGCGCAGAUCAUGCAAACUCCGUUAAGGUGUCCCACCCCUCCGGGUGCGGACCUAACCAAACAUUGCUUAUACCACCAGAACUCGGGCCACGACACGGAGGAGUGUGUGACACUCAGGGAUAAGAUUGAAGAGUUAGUCCGAGCGGGGCGUUUGCAGCGGUACGUAAAGAUGAAUGUGGCCGACCAGUAUACCGACAGGCCAUCAAGUCCCAGGCAGAGGAGUCCAAGGCGAAACAACAGACCAAGAAGCCCCAGAAGGCAAGAGCGAAAUACAAACGUGCGGAACCAUAGGCCUUCACAGGAUGUUGACCGGCAUGAAAGGAGGAGCCGAAGUCGCAGCAGGGACGGGGACAGGCGACGUCCGUUGCGAGGAAUAAUAAAUACGAUAUCCGGAGGAUUCGCGAGAGGAGCAUUUCUCCUCUUUCCAUCAAACAAAAUACGUUCCUCUCUCUUCAAGCCAAAAGUAACGUCUGAUGCUCCCAAUGCCUAA